AUGCUCACUGUUUUUUAUAGCGUGGGUUCAAAACCUCUAGCUAUUUGGGAAACCCACACUAAAGAUGGAUACGUAACAAGGUUCUUGGACCAAGAUAUUAAGUCAAUGGUAUUAGAGAUAGGUGGAACAAAUGUAAGUACAACCUACAUAACUUGUCCAAAAGGCAAUCAAGUAUUAGGAAUAACAAUGCCUUUCUUAGUUAUGAUAGUGAAGAAUUUGAAGAAAUAUUUUUCAUUUGAAGUAACUAUUCUUGAUGAAACUCUUACGCGCAGGCGAUUUAGAGUAUCCAAUUUUCAAAGCAAUACGCAGAUAUUGCCAUUGUGCACUGUUAUGCCCAUUGGUCUUUCCGACGGAUGGAAUCAAAUUCAAUUCAAUCUAGGAGAAUUUACUCGACGUGCAUAUAAGAAACAAUUUGUGGAAGUACAAAAGUUAAAGAUUAACGCAAAUAUUCGUCUUCGAAGAAUUUAUUUUACUGAGAGACUUAUACCGGACGAUGAACUACCACCUGAAUACAAAUUAUAUUUCCCACUUGCAACUAAAGGUGCAAAAGGAAAGAAAACUGCCCCGGAACCCGUUGCAGGGAAAGAAAAUAUAAAACCCUCAUCAUCUCAACAUACACAGAUAACAGCGCAACCUGAGACUAAAACCGUAUCUAAAACUUCUGUACAUUCAAUUAAAAAAGCGCAAUCAAUAGAAAAAGCUGUGGCGGGGGGUGCCGAAGAAAACGCCGACAAGAAAGUUGCUGAAGAAAAUAAAGAUGUAGUAGAAACUCAGGAAAAUGAAGAAAACCAAGAUAACAAAGAAGCUGAAGAAAAACAAGAAAAUGAGGAUAAUCAAGAAAAUGAAGAAAAAGUACAAGAAGAGCCUUCUGGAGAAGAAAAACAAGACGUAACGUCACAUGAUGAAGAAACAGCCAAAGGCGAAGAAGAAAAACAACAAGUAGAAGAAUAG